CGCAGCCUCGCGCAGGGCGGGGAGAGACGGCGGCCCCCGGCGCCCGGCCCCGAACCUGUCAGACUAGGGGAGCCGGCCUGGAGCUGCGGGCGCGGCAGGGGCGAGGACUGCCCGACUCCCCGCGCAGCCCCGGCCCGAGCUGUGCGAGUCGGCCCCGCCGAGCCGGCCGGGGGCGGGGAGAUGAGCGGCGGCCCCGCGGCAGCGCCCCAGGAUGGGGAGGGACGCGCGGCGGUGCCAUCGGGAACUGGCGCUCCGGUGAAGUAGGAGCCGCCGGCCGGCCGCCUGCACCGAGCCUUUCCGUGCCGCGGCGGCUCAGCCUCUGCCAUGGCCGGAUCCGGCGCGUGGAAGCGCCUCAAAUCUCUGCUAAGGAAGGAUGAUGCGCCGCUGUUUUUAAAUGACACCAGCGCCUUUGACUUCUCGGACGAGGUGGGGGACGAGGGGCUUUCUCGGUUUAACAAACUUCGAGUUGUGGUGGCCGAUGAUGGUUCUGAAAUCCCAGAAAGGCCUAUUAACGGGGCGCACCCGGCCCUGCAGGCCGACGACGAUUCCUUACUGGACCAGGACUUAGCUUUGACCAACAGUCAGCUGAGUUUGAAGGUGGACCCCUGUGACAACUGCAGCAGACAGCGAGAGUUACUGAAGCAGAGAAAGGUGAAAACCAGAUUGACCAUUGCUGCCGUUCUUUACUUGCUUUUCAUGAUUGGAGAACUUGUAGGUGGAUACAUUGCAAACAGCCUAGCAAUCAUGACAGAUGCACUUCAUAUGUUAACUGACCUAAGCGCUAUCAUACUGACCCUGCUUGCUUUGUGGCUAUCUUCAAAAUCACCAACCAAAAGAUUCACCUUUGGAUUCCAUCGCUUAGAGGUUUUAUCAGCUAUGAUUAGUGUGCUGUUGGUGUAUAUACUUAUGGGAUUCCUCCUAUAUGAAGCUGUCCAAAGAACUAUCCAUAUGAAAUACGAAAUAAAUGGAGAUAUAAUGCUCAUCACUGCAGCAGUUGGAGUUGCUGUUAAUGUAAUAAUGGGGUUUCUGUUGAACCAGUCUGGUCACCACUCCCAUUCCCACUCCCUGCCUUCAAAUUCUCCUACCACAGGUUCUGGCUGUCGACAUGACCACGGGCAGGACAGCCUGGCAGUGAGAGCUGCAUUUGUACAUGCCGUGGGGGACUUGGUACAGAGUGUUGGUGUACUAAUAGCUGCAUACAUCAUAAGAUUCAAGCCAGAAUACAAGAUUGCUGAUCCCAUCUGUACAUAUGUAUUUUCAUUACUUGUGGCUUUUACAACAUUUCGCAUCAUAUGGGACACAAUAGUUAUAAUACUAGAAGGUGUACCAAGCCACUUGAACGUAGACUAUAUCAAAGAUGCCUUGAUGAAAAUAGAAGAUGUAUAUUCCGUGGAAGAUUUAAAUAUCUGGUCUCUUACUUCAGGAAAACCUACUGCCAUCGUACACAUACAGCUAAUUCCUGGAAGUUCAUCUAAAUGGGAGGAAGUACAGUCCAAAGCAAAGCAUGUAUUAUUGAACACAUUUGGCAUGUAUAAAUGUACUGUUCAGCUUCAGAGUUACAGGCAAGAAGUGGACAGAACUUGUGCACGUUGUCAGAGUUCCAGUCCUUAACUUGAUACGUUUUGGGGACUACUGCUUUAUUCAUCCUGCAGUCACAGAACUGAGGGCAGUAAAUGCGCACAUCUGCCUGAGGAAAUGGACUCCCUACCAGCUGUGUCCACAUCAAGCAGAGUCCCUCAGAACAGUCACUCCAGCCAGACAGCCCUAGUUUCUGUUUAAUGGUAAAAUGAGACUUCACCCUGAUUGUCAGAUGAAGGUGUUUCCAAAACACUAUUCACAGAGUAAGAUGUGACUCCACGGAUACCUCAAAGAAGACAAUCCAAGACCACACUGCAUUAAUUAUGACAGAGUACAUGUCUUAAAGGAAGCAUCAAGAAUUCAGUAUUUGCAUUUAAAAAUCCUUUUUAAAGACCAUUUUUUAUCGAGCCAGUGCUGGAAAACUGAAUUUUUUUUUAUUAUGUAAUCUUGACAUCCGGCUUCUGGAAUUUGACACCCAGCUCUCUUUUUACAGAAAUUAUUUCUCAGCAGAUUUCAGAGAGUACUAGACAUUAUCCAGAGAGUGGAAUAAGCAUGUAUUCCCACGUUUCAGAAAUGUUUUAUUUCACAAAUAACUUAAUGUUAUUAUUAUAGUUAUACUUUAUAAACCGUUUUUUCCAGAUGUUACGGGGUUUUGCAUCUCAAAGUUAACAUUUUGGGUUAUUUGUAAUCUUAAUCAGAACCAAAUCUUUACAUAUUGUGAUCACUGUCAUUAGGUUUAUUUAGGAAAUAUUUUCAAUACUAUUCUGAAGGGCAGAAGUUCAUCUUAAACUCAAGUUACAAUAUAAUGUAAAACGAAAUAUAGGAGUAAGGAUGGAGUGUGGAAUGUCAGAUUUAAGUCUUCCUGAAAUCCCUUUUAUUGUUCAUAGAAUUAUCUUUACUUAAGAAUAGGAGGAGACUGCAAAAUGUAAACAGUGGUCCUCUGUCCUUUUAAGAACUAGAAGUUUGCUUGGUACCUUGCUUCCGGCCUCCUUACCAGUUAGUUAGAUUGGGCCCUUUCAGUGUAAAAUUCUGGAGGACUAAGGGUCAGUGUAUAAUGCCCAUCUUUCACAUGUGGAUUAACCACAUUCCUCCAGAGAGAUUUUCUGUUUGAUGAUAUGGGUUAGGGAUUCUCCAGGGACUCCAGAAACCCUAAGAUAUAAUUUUGAGGUUUUCCAAUAAUACCACAGCAGAAAUGCCCAAAGAGAUAGGGAGAAGACAUUACUCUGGAAAAAAGAAAAGUGGAGGGUUUUUGACCUAGUGUUUGUGUUUUUUAAAGCACAGGAAUAGGGAUGGACAUUCAGUCUGUGGUGUGGAGAGGCUAAACAUGAAACUUUCCAAACCAAAUGCAACUUAAUUGGUAACAGUUGUGUUAAAGAGGCAGCUGUGAAUAUUCAUGUUCCAUUUUACAACUGUUGGUUUUGAGAUUAUCUUUAUGCACUUUAGGAGUCCAUUUUCACAGGGACAGUUUCUUAACCAAGAACGGCUAUGGUUCUUGGGGUCCUCAGAGACUCAAGAGUAGAGUACAGUGUACCAGACAGACAGGUUAUGAAUUGAAAGCCUACGUAAACAUGCAGAUGACUUACAAUAUCAAAGAAGGAUAGGAAACAGAUUUCAUCUUUCUACCAAGUACCUCACUGUACGUAAACCGAAGAUAAAACCUGAAUUUACCUGAAAGAUGAUCAUGAGUUGAUGGUAUCCCCCAAAAAAGGGUUGAUGAGGAUUAAAGGUAUUGAAUAAAACCCAGUAUGUAUUUGUUGAAUUGAACUGAAAAUUAACUUAGGGGAUUCUUACUGUGGAUCCAUUUAAAAUAAUGAUUUGAAUUUUUCAAAAAUUUGGGUGGUAUAAACUGUUUCAACCAAAAUUCUCAUAAAUAUGGAGGGCAAAUAAGAAUAAAUGAGAAGCAUUUCAGUGGACAUCUGGGCAUUUAUGGACUUUGGGGUGCCUAGCAAGAGAAAGGAAAAGAAUAUCCAUUAUAUGCUAAUGGAUUUCCCCAUAUUUGUAGUUGUUUCCCAUGUCCACGGAACUUGUUUCUUGUAAACUUCCCUUUAUCUUAAAUAGGUAUAUCUUACUUUUCAUAUUGACCUAUUCCUUGAAAAGUUACUUGAUAAAACAGUCUAAAAUCCAUUCAAGGAUUGAAAAGGAGCCUUUUGUAAAAUGCGGAAACACUGAAAACUUCUGUGAAUCUUAAUGACUGUGUUCUAUUUAAAGUGAGGUACACAUGAAGUUUCCUGUCUUUGUCUUUUGUAGCAAGGAUUACAGAUUUUGUACUUUACUGGGUCUGUGAGACUGAGAAUUGAUAGAUUUCCCUUUUUGUAACUUGACAAAACCCACAACGGAGGGUGUGAAUUUAGCAGAUACGACCAGGGGACCAGGGACUGGUCUGCCUCUGAUAAGGAGCCUUGGGUCUGUCCCUCACCUGCAGAGCUGCAAGCCCGAGUUACACCCCUCAGCCAGCCCUCACAGGAAGAGUUCCCCAUCCUGUGCAAGGAUGUGGCGAAUUGUGGAUAAACACCUGGCAUGGUUAAUUUUGCACUGGGAGAACAGAUCACAGCAUAAAAACUAGGCAGUUUCUUCAGUGUGAUGUAUUUUAAUUAACAUUUGCAAAUAAUCAGAGUUACUUGUGUACGUAAAACCUGUGUUUCACAACUCUGGCCAGAGGGCAACGUUUUGAUUUUAGGGAAAGACCUAUUUUUCAUUAAUGAUCAUGCUGCCUUAGAAAUCUAAUGUGAGGAAUACAGUUGAAUAAGGCCUCUCUCAGAGGGCCUUGAAAUGCAGAACCACAAGCAAAUGGAAUUCCCACAUACACUUUCCAUUAGCUGUGCCUUGUGUAAUGUGAGCCCAGAUUUUCGCAGCUUGCAGCUCCCAUCAGUAUUGUUUGCCAAAUCACAGGAUCUCUUAUUUUACUGUUUUCUUUUCAGAUUUUGGUACUUUAUUUGCAUUUUCUAAAGUUAAGUUUCCUGCUCUUAAAAGUCUCAAGUGUUCUGGUUCUGUCUCUUGAACUCAGGUGUCCUCACUGACAGUGUUUGUCUUUGGUAGAAUUUUCCCAGAAUAGACACAGGCGAGAUUAGAUACAUGAGCUUCCCGUUCAUUUUAAUGUGAGGAAAACCAUCUUUCAGAAGCAAAUCACCACUUAUAAAUGUAUUUCUAGGUGAGGAAGAACGGUUUUUUUUUUUAACAGCUGCUCGUUCCUGAUCAAAUUUCUCUGCACACUGAACUUUACAGAAUAAGUAUGAUAGCAAUAGACUACACUGUACAACCAUGAGUGAAGAUCGUUUCUAGUAAGACUCUGGGUUUUGUUUCUCAAACAACCUCUCUCAUUACUUUAGAAAAGAUACUCACUUCUGAAACAAGCACAAUUAGCUAAAUUUCUUUUCUUUUUUUUUCUUUUUUAUUAUUUUUAGUAGGCUCCAUGCUGAGCUUAAACCCACGACCCUGAGAUCAAGAGUCAGUUGCUUAACCGACUGAGCCCCCCAGGUGCCCCUAAAUUUUUUUUAUGAAUUUAUAUAAAUUGAUUCACCAUAAUGAAUCGUGUGUUCUUACAGAAUUUUAACAGAAUAAAGUUUUAGGCAAUUUUGCUGUUGACUCUACCUUACAUAUAGUAAAUUUAAAGUUAUAGGACGUGUUAAUAGAUAUAAGAUUAGUUCAUUUGGCUCAGUUUGUCUUGGAACCAAGCUUAGCUCAUGAGCCAGUUGGGUAUUAGUCACAAAUGAAUAGUGACACCUUGCUCUAUAUGCUGUGUCGAGGGGAGACGAGUCUGACUUCCAAAUGAUUUAAGUUUUAUUUCUAACUACAGAUCUGUCACGUGCAUCUUGCCAGACAGGGCAUCCGAUUUAUUUUACAGCUUACCAAUCGGAUAUUUUUUGUGAUGUUGGUAGGAACCUGCAAAUUAGAAGAAAUUGUCAUGGGGGAGUUCCUCAGUAUGGAAUUGUGUAUGUGCAUGCAGGCCAUCCUGUCAUUGAUUUCUCUCUUACAAAGGGUCCACGCUGUUCUUCUAAUCAUAUUGUGAGGACCAAUGAACAUUUUCUGAUUUUUGGUAAGACUGAAAAAGAUUUAUGGAGACUUUCCCAAUUAAAUCUAUUUUGACAGUGUCAAAAUAAUGUAAUUAAGUAUAUCCUGAAGUAACUGCAAUGCAAAACUGAAAUGGCCAGUAGUAUGUCAGCUUUGCACCUGGAAGAUACUGUGUAUUUGGAAAGGUUUUGCUUCUCUAAAAAAAAUAUGUUAUUAAGUAAGCCAUAUCCCCUUUAAGAAUUGUAUAUACAUUUCCAUUUGCCCUUUCAGAAACCAGGUAUUUUGCAUAUGAUUGAUUUUAGGAAGAUUUUGAAGCUGGGGCUUGCCCAUGUAAUUUAAGAUCAAAGUAUAGUAUGUAUAUGUACUGUAUUUGCAAUUUUCAAAUUGUAAUUUCCUAUACAUUUAUUAAAGUAUUGUUUUGCUGUGUGGUUUGUUAAAAAAUGAAAAUAUACAACCCCC